UGAUGAAGAAGAUCAAGUAAAAACGUUUGAGAAGAAGGAAACACAAGGACACAUACUCUAGAUACCAUAGAUAGAAACGUGGGCCAAUAUAGUUCUCAUAAAUAGAUAAAAUUCCUCAAUAAAUCAAAACAAAAAUACUCUUAAUACUAUAAUCAAUAAUAAAUCGAUCUCAUUCUCAUUCUCAUUCUCCUCUUUUCCUUCUUCCUACUCUCCUUUCACCGCUUCACAACCACAAUCACAACCAGAGGAGAGAGAAAAUCACCAUCAAUGGAGGAGAGAGAAAGCUCCAUUGGAGGCGCCGCCGGAGUUGCUGGUGGUGGUGCUUUGGUUCCGGCGGUCAAGCCGUUAACGGUCGUAGCUCCGGCGCCGGAAUCCUCCAUCGCCGCCGAUGAAUCGGAGGUUUCUCCGACGGAAUUGGACAAAGAUUUGAUGUGUCCGAUUUGUAUGCAAUUGAUUAAGGACGCUUUUCUUACAGCUUGCGGACAUAGUUUCUGCUACAUGUGUAUCAUCACUCAUCUUCGGAAUAAGAGUGAUUGUCCUUGUUGUGUUCGUCAUCUUACGAAUAAUCAGCUUUACCCUAAUUUUCUGCUUGAUAAGCUAUUGAAGAAGGCUUCGGUUCGUCAAGUGUCGAAAUAUGCAUCGCCGGUUGAGCAAUUUCGCCGUGCGUUAUUGCAGGGUUGUGAAGUGUCAGUCAAGGAGGUGGAUGCCCUUAUGUCACUUCUUGCAGAGAAGAAGAGAAAGAUGGAGCAAGAAGAAGCUGAGAGAAACAUGCAAAUUUUGCUGGAUUUCCUGCAUUGCUUGAGGAAGCAGAAAGUUGACGAGCUCAGUGAGAUUCAAAAUGACCUUCAGUACAUUAAAGAGGAUAUCAGUGCUGUGGAGAGGCACAGAGUGGAGUUAUAUCGAGCAAGGGACAGGUACUCUGUAAAACUGCGAAUGCUUGGUGAUGAUUCUACACCAAAAUUGUGGCCUUCAACAGCUGAUAGGAGUAGUGGGGGUGUUUCCUCUGGUUCUCGUAGCUCAUUAGGAGGGUUGGCUACAGGAAGUUUCCAGAACAAGAAGAUGGAUGCAAGGGCUCAAGGCUCCCAUGGGACUCAGAGAAAGGAUGCUCUGAGUGGUUUGGACUCACAGUACAUAAGCCAGUCAGGUUUGGCUGUGAUGAGGAAAAAAAGGAUACAUGUGCAGUUUAAUGACCUGCAAGAGUGUUACUUGCAAAAACGACGCCAAUUGGCUGGCCAGCCCAUCAGACAGGAUGAGAGGGAUCCAAAUUUUACGCAGAGAGAAGGCUAUAGUGCAGGUCUUGCUGAGUUUCAAUCUGUACUGUCUACCUUCACUCGUUACAGUCGUUUGAGAGUUAUUGCUGAACUCAGACACGGGGACCCUUUUCAUUCUGCCAAUAUCGUAUCAAGCAUAGAAUUUGACCGUGAUGAUGAGCUGUUUGCUACAGCCGGAGUUUCCCGAAGAAUUAAAGUCUUUGACUUUUCCUCGGUUGUGAAUGAACCUGCAGAUUCACAUUGCCCUGUUGUUGAGAUGACAACUAUGUCCAAACUUAGUUGUUUGAGCUGGAACAAGUUUACCAAGAACCAAAUAGCUAGUAGUGAUUAUGAGGGAAUCGUUACUGUAUGGGAUGUGACGACACGCCAGAGUGUGAUGGAGUAUGAAGAACAUGAAAAGCGGGCAUGGAGUGUUGAUUUUUCAUGCACAGAACCUUCAAUGCUCGUGUCUGGCAGUGAUGACUGUAAGGUAAAAGUGUGGUGUACAAAUCAGGAAGCUAGUGUGCUUAAUAUUGAAAUGAAGGCAAAUAUAUGUUGUGUCAAGUACAAUCCCGGAUCCAGCUAUCAUAUUGCGGUUGGUUCUGCUGACCAUCAUAUCCAUUACUAUGAUCUGAGGAAUAUAAGCCAGCCCCUUCAUGUGUUUGGUGGACAUAAGAAAGCGGUUUCAUACGUCAAAUUCUUAUCAAAUAACGAGCUUGCUUCGGCUUCAACGGACAGCACAUUGAGGCUGUGGGACGUGAAAGAUAGUUUACCAGUUCGGACAUUUAGAGGUCAUUCUAAUGAGAAGAACUUUGUAGGCCUCUCUGUAAGCAGUGAAUACAUUGCCUGCGGUAGUGAAACUAAUGAAGUGUAUGUCUAUCACAAGGAAAUUUCUAGACCUGUAACAUGUCAUAAAUUUGGGUCACCGGAUGUUGAGGAUGCGGACGAAGAUCCUGGAGCAUAUUUCAUCAGUGCCGUAUGCUGGAAGAGCAAUAGCCCUACAUUGUUGACAGCCAAUAGUCAAGGAACAAUCAAGGUGCUAGUGCUUGCUGCUUAAAGUGCACCUAGUUAAAACACGCCUGAAUUAUUCACAGUUUUUUUUUUUUUUUUUUUUUUUUUUUUUUUCCAUUGUGGGUUUUAAGAUCAUUCUCUUGUAUAUAAAAUAUAACAUAUUAGUCACAUGGAAUAUAUUGUGUAGUGAGAUAUCUAUAUUUCUUACAUUAUGUAAAUUUGUAUGUCAACUAUUAGAGGGAUGCAGACUUUGUGGCUCGGAUUAUGCAACACUCCGGUCACUUGCGGGAUGAACCUAUUUCCAAUGUAUUAAUUAUUACAUACACAAAAUAUCAAAUAGUUUAAAGUAAAGUAACGGGAUAUAAUUAUUUUUGCACUCUACAAAUUUUUACUGUAUCAA